AUGGACGACAGCAUUGCCAAGGGUCCUUCCCCGACCACAGACUUUCGUACCAGCAUCGAGCUGGCGAACGCAUAUGCUGUGAGCGAGAAACAUGGCACACAUGGUGACAAGAUGGAUAUGGAUCGCAUGGGCAAGUUGCAGGUGCUGAGGCGGCAAUUCAAGUUUUUGUCCAUCUUUGGCUUCGCUGUAAUCCUUGGCAAUACCUGGGAGUACUCAUUACUUGGCAUUGGCAUUUCCCUAUUCAAUGGAGGACCUGCUGGCGGCAUUUGGAUGCUUGUCGUAGUAUGCUUCGGCAUGUUUUCAGUCACGCUCACAUUCGCAGAGAUGGUGUCUAUGGCUCCAACAGCAGGUGGACAAUAUCAUUGGGUCUCUGAAUUUGCACCAAGACAACAUCAAAAAUUUCUCAGCUAUGUCAUUGGGUGGUUGUGUGUCAUUGCCUGGCAAACAGGCAUGGCUGGUACUGCUUUCGCGGUCGCCCAACAGCUCCAAGGCCUGAUCGCUUUGAACAUGCCAGACUAUGCGAUCCAGGGCUGGCACGGUACGUUGCUGUCAAUCGCUAUCGUGCUAUGCUCCAUCUUGGGCAACACCAUACUGGUGAAGAAGCUUCCGUUGAUGGAAGGCCUCGCGCUCGUCCUACAUGUCUUCGGUUUCUUCGCCUUCCUCGUCGUACUUUGGGUGAUGGGCCCACGCUCGAAUAUACACGAUACAUGGACCAAAUUCGAAGAUCCUAGUGGCUGGGGCAACACCGGGCUCGCUACACUCGUCGGUGUACUCGGUCCCAUUCUCUCACUGGGAAGUGCCGAUCUUGCUAUCCACCUGGCUGAGGAGGUGGAAGAAGCGUCCUACAACAUCCCGAGAGCCAUGAUUGCCACUUCAGCUGUCAACUAUACGUUUGCCUUUGUGAUGACUGUCACUGUCUUCUCGACACUGGGAAACGAUGUCAUGGCCAUCAUGUCAACGCCAUUCGGCCAGCCUUGGAUCCAGAUCUUGAUGAAUGCAACCGAAUCGAUAGUAGCCACAAACAUCUUGACAGUAGUUGUCUGUCUGCUGCUUCUGUUCGCUUCGGUCAAUCAGGUCACAGCCGCUUCACGCCAGUUGUGGUCUUUCGCCCGCGACAAAGGACUGCCGUUCUCAGGUUGGCUCUCUUACGUCCCCCAAGGAUGGGACAUCCCCUUAAAUGCGGUGUUGUUCACGCUGAUGUCUUCAUCUCUACUGUGCCUCAUCAUCAUUGGCUCAUCCAUCGCUUUCAACAUCAUCCUUUCGUUGGGAGGUGUUAGUCUUUCCAUCUCCAACAUCAUCGUCAUCGGCUGUAUGGUGAGGAAGCGCGUGCGAGGAGAACCACUUCUACAUUCUCGGUUCAGCCUGGGCAGAUGGGGUCUUGCGGUCAACAUUACAACCCUUUGCUACCUUUCGCUGACUGCUGUCUUGAUCCUGUUCCCGUCUGUACCGAACCCGGCACCGAUCGACAUGAACUGGGCAAGCCCUAUCUUUGGAUGCCUUGUUGUGUUUUCCAUGAUAUACUACUUCACGUAUGGAAGACAUACUUUCGAUGGACCAGUCGCGUACUGCAAGCAGCAGUAA